AUGGCAGCUGCAGAAGCGGUCGUGCAAAAUGACGAGCGCUUGGCCGCGAGAAGAGCCAAGCUAGCCGCAGCUCAAGCAAAGAGGAGCGCCAAUGCCAUCGAGCAAGGUGGCGUGUGGGUGGAAAAGUAUCGACCCAAACGCUACACCGAACUGCUUGGCGAUGAUCGCACCCAUCGCGACGUCAUGUCUUGGCUCAAAUCCUGGGAUGCUUGCGUGUACAAACGCAAAGCCAAGAAGCACGCGCGCGAUGAGAUUCAUACUGGUGCGAGCAGCUAUGGAUCAGGAUACCACGCUCGAAGAACCGAAGCGUACAGCGAUGCGUGGAACAGACCUGAGCAGCGCAUCUUGUUGCUCUCUGGUCCACCUGGACUCGGCAAGACUACGCUGGCGCACGUUAUUGCCAAUUCUUGCGGCUAUGCGGUGCACGAGCUGAACGCAAGCGAUGCUCGAAAUUCCGCUGCGAUUGAGGAUAGGGUCAAGGUGGCUCUCGAAAGUGGCGCGGCGCUCGGAGAUCAUAGACCUACUUGUGUGGUGAUCGAUGAGAUUGAUGGAGCUACAGGAGGCACCGGAGAAGGGCCUAGCUUUAUAAAGAGUCUCGUGAGAUUGGUAGAGGUCGGAAAUGCUCUCGAUGCUGCGAACAAAGGCAAGGGCAAAAAGAAGAAGCAACAAAGACCUUUGCUGAGGCCCAUCAUUUGCAUUUGCAACGAUUUGUAUGCGCCCGCCUUGAGGCCUUUGCGACCACUCGCGAGACUCGUCCGGGUCGGCAAACCCGCAGCGAACCACCUUGUGGCGAGGCUGAGGACAGUGUGCGAAGCAGAAGGUCUAUCGACAGAUACGAGGGCGCUCAACCUUUUGGCUGAACUCACCGACUGCGAUGUGCGCUCCUGCUUGAAUGCGUUGCAGCUGGCAAAGGCCCAGGGCAACACGCUCGAGGCUUCGCAGGUUAGGGACAAGGAAGGCAAUGGACUAGCAGUCAAGGAUGGCGGUAGUUCUACCGCCAAAGUCUUCGAACUGCUUUUCCGCACGCCUACUCCCAAGGAACGAGCUAGAGGGGUGGGGGCUAAGGACGGGCACGAAACGAUGAGCCGCAUCGUGGAUGAGGUGACUUCCUGCGGAGAGCAAGAAAGACUGCUUCAUGGGUGUUUUGAGCAUUAUCCGACGCUGAGAUUGGUCGAUGACGGAUUUCUGCGGUUCAAAAAAAUACACGACUGGAUGGCUUGGAAUGAAGCCGUGCAUGCAAAGGGCUGGGAAUUGGCCACGCACGAAUUGGCGGGCUACCUGCCAUGGGCUUUUGCUCCCUGGCACUUUUUGUUUGCCAACACUGCGAAUGAGUUGCCGGGAUUCGCAAAGGUCGAUUACCAGAAUCACCUCAAGCGCACGGCGUUCGAUGAGAUCGCGGCCGAGCUCUACACGUCUCUGCCGCCUGGUCUCAGGAUCAUGUUUGGCAAAGAGGCGGUCGUCACAGAGCUCGGACCAUCUUUGAUGCGCAUGCUCAGUCCAGACUUACGUCCAAUCAAUGCGCAAAUUACUCGACCCGGAGAGAAGGAGAUUUUAGCUGCUGUCGUUCAGAUCCUCAUUUCUCUGGGCUUGUCUUUGCAACAGGACAGAACGGAAGAGGGUCAACUGAUCAUGCGCCUCGAACCGGCUCUAGACGCUUUUGUGCAAUACGAAGGGAAAAGAUCGAAAGAGGUUGGGCCUGCAAGGUACGCUAUUCGCUCGGCCAUUGCGAAGGAGGUCGAGGCUGUCAAGAUGCGCAUCAAGUCCUUGAGUGUGAGCGCAGGCAUGGACGCAAUGGGCCAGCCUGUGAGGCACGAAGAGCUCGCUGCCAAAGCGGCCGCGGGCGCGAUCGCGGUCUACAAAAACGGCGGAGAUUCUGCUCUGCUCGAUUCAGGCGCACUUUUCAGCUCCGCACUUACAACGACGACGACGACGACGACGCGCAAAGUCGCCGUGGAUUUCUUUGGUCGCAAGAUCCUUCCCGCCGCAGCACCUCUAGCACCCGUUGCUCCUGACAAGUUGGCAGAGAUCCAAUCGGAUCAAGCAGCUAUUCGGGAGACGGAAGCGCAAGUGGCCAAGAAGAAGGCUGCGGCUGCUCAACAGGCUGCACCUUUGCCGUCCCUCUUGCUCGAGAGGCGCGCUGCAAGAGCUGCUGCUGAAGGUGCUGCCAAUCCGCAUGUUCGCUUGCCACCUGCAAGCGGAGCAGCACCCGACGCUAAGAGACAGCGAUUGCAAGCAGCGUGA